GUGUGGAGUUUCAUAUUAUCUACACCAUAAGUAGCAUUUGAUUGUUUCUUUCAAGCUUUGAUACCAACAUCAAGAAAAUGUCUCUCACCUUUCAGUUUUUGCUUCUCUCUUCUAUUUCCUUUUCCAUUUUGCUCAUACUUCUCUACAAAUCACUUUUAUCUUGUUCAAACCCUCACAAAAAUCUACCACCAUCUCCACCAAGUUUACCACUAAUAGGAAACCUGCAUCAACUUGGCUCGAGCCCACACCGUGCACUCCACGCCAUGGCACAAACCUACGGUCAACUUAUGUUGAUUCGCCUCGGCACUAUGCCGGUACUUAUAGCCUCCUCUGCUGUUGCAGCUCGAGAGAUUAUGAAAACCCAUGAUUUAAUCUUUUCAAACAGGCCAAAAUURAACAUCCCUAGUAGAGUAACUUAUGGUUCUAAGGACAUAGCWUUUGCCCCAUAUGGAGAGUAUUGGAGGCAAGCGAAGAGUAUCGCAGUGCUACAUCUUUUAAGCAACAAAAGGGUUCAAUCAUACAGGCAUGUACGGAAGGAAGAGACGUCUCUUUUGAUUAAAACGAUUCAAGAAACCCAUGGAUCAGUGGUUAAUUUGAGUGAGCUGCUUAUUUCUCUUACAAAUAAUGUCCUCUGUAGGGUGGCUUUUGGGAGGACAUAUGAUGGGACAAAGUUUAARGACUUGUUAGCAAGGUUUUUGGAGUUACUAGGAAGUUUUAGUGUCGGAAGUUAUAUUCCAUCGUUAAUGUGGGUGGAUCGUUUGAGUGGAUUAGAGCGAAGAGCUGAUGAUGUURUUAAAGAAUUCGAUGAAUUUCUUGAGGAUGUCUUCGAAGAACAUGUAAACAAGAAAGUGGUUGAUGUUGAAGGCCAAGAUAUUGUUGAUAUCUUGUUAGAAUUUGAAAAAAAGGACACAAUAGGUUUUCAUCUUGAAAGAGAUGAAAUCAAAGCUAUUAUCAUGGAUGUAUUUUCUGGUGGAACUGAUACUACAUCCACAAACCUAGAGUGGGCAAUCAGUGAGCUAUUAAGACACCYACAAGCAAUGAAAAAACUGCAACAAGAGGCAAGGGAAAUAGGCCAAGGAAGAACAAUGAUAACCGAAGACGACUUAGACAAAAUGGCCUACCUAAGAGCCAUUCUCAAAGAAACCCUACGGCUACAUACUCCUAUCCCGUUGCUUGUUCCUCAUGAAUCAACACGAGACGUCAAACUACUCGGCUACGACAUAGCAGCAGGCACACAAGUGUUGAUCAACGCUUGGUCAAUAGCAAGAGAUAGUUCAACAUGGAUGGAACCRAAUGUGUUUAAKCCAGAGAGGUUCUUGAAUAGUCCUAUCGAUUACCAAGGGUUUCAUUUCAACUUCAUACCAUUUGGUGCCGGACGAAGAGGGUGUCCCGCCAUUCAGUUUGCCAUGGUUAUUAACGAGCUUGUUUUGGCUAAUUUGGUGUAUAAGUUUGAUUUGGCCUUGGUUGAAGGAGAGUGUGUGGAYAUGARUGAGACGAGUGGUMUUACUGCUCGUAAGAAAUGUCCUACCCUUGUUGUAGCAACUCCUUGUAACCAGUGAUGUUAAGUUGAAGUUUUGUCUCUUAUAUAUUAUCGAAUAAACU